AUGACUGACAACACCCUAAAAUGGGCCAUCACACUCUCCCUCACCCCACGCCUCGUCAAAGACUUUCACCGCCGAUGGUUCACUACCCAUUGGACUACACUGCACGCGUACUGGACCCACAUGUGCCACGAACAAUACCUAGCUACCGCACAGGACGGCGAUACCGCACUAGCACAAGCGGUCAACACCGUCAUCAAACAGCGCCGACGGGCUCACGAUGACACCCCGCCCGCCAUGGACUCAAACCUACGUCAAGCGAAAGCCUGCCAGACCCUUGACAUAGACACAUGGCUUGGGCAGCGGGCACAAGGCCUUCUCGGCAGCACCAACGCACCACACGCCCAACAAAACGCUACACCAACGCGACGACGCAGACCACCGCGCCGACCACCGGAAACAAGGUCUGCAAGACACCAACAACUAUAG